GUUUAAUAAAUAAUUUUUUGUAAAAAAAUGCAAUCAAAUUUCCCAAAAUCUUUAUCACCACUUUGUUUAAUCCCAAAACAUAAUCACCAAGCUUUGUGUAAGAUUGUUUCAUGUGCUAAGAAUUCUUCUUCUUCUUCUUCUUCAGAAAACAAACAUGGGUUUAAGCUUAUGGGCCAGUCUCUUGGUGAUAUUAGAUUCAAGUUAAAUGACUUUGAUAGCAGUUCGGUGCAAGAUGCAUUCAACAUCUGGGUAUCAAAAACAACAAACUUUUUGAAUGAAGUGACUUCUCCACUUGUGAAGAAUGCUCAAGAUAAAAACCACACAAUGGGAGAAACAUAUGAGCUCAAUGACAUGGAGGAGUUUUUCAUGGCAGAGCAGACUGUUGAUAGCCAAACACCAGGUGGAGAUCUUUCUUUGGCUGCUAUUGUUUCUAUCGAGCAGUUUAGCAGGAUGAAUGGAUUAACUGGGAAGAAAAUGCAGAGAAUUUUUAAGGCCCUUGUCCCUGCGUACGUGUCUAAUGAUGCUCGUAAUUUGGUGGAAUAUUGCUGCUUUAGGUUCCUGUCUAGAGAUAGUUCUGAAAUUCAUCCUUGCCUUAAGGAGCCAGCAUUCCAAAGACUUGUAUUUGUCACCAUGCUUGCAUGGGAGCAUCCUUACACCAGCAAAAAGGAAUAUCAGGGUGAUAUUGGUGAAAAAGCUUCAUUUCAGGUUCAUUUUUCUGGGAAGUUUGUAGGGAAACAAGCUUUUGUCCGCCUCGCUCCUGCUGUUUCUGGGCUAGCAGAUUGGCCAACGGUUCAUAAUCUUUUUAAGGCUCUUGCUGGUGAUCAGAGAAGUAUUUCAUUCCAUGCAUGGUCAAAAUAUAUCAACGAACUUCUCAAAGUGUAUGAAGGAAGGAAAUCAUACACUUUAAAAGGAAUUCCUCAGUUAUCUGCAGAACAGAUCUUAUGCCUUGGAUCUAGCAGAAAAAGACCCAUCCUUAAAUGGGAGAAUAACGUUGCAUGGCCUGGAAAACUAACGCUGACCGAUAAAGCACUUUACUAUGAGGCAAUUGGACUAACGGGCCAAGUGAAUGUUACUAGAAUGGAUCUUACAAAACUUGGUUCACAGGUGGAGAAAACUAGAGUUGGACCAUUUGGUUCUGAUCUUUUUGACUCUGCUAUCUCUGUUACCUCCGGUCCAGAGUCUAAGCCAUUGGUACUCGAGUUUGUUGAUUUAGGAGGUGAAAUGAGGCGAGAUGUGUGGUAUGCUUUUAUCAAAGAAGUCAUUUCUGUAUACCGAUUCAUACGAGAUUUUGGACCCAAAGAAGGUGAUCAUUCUUUGCAACAUAUAUAUGGUUCACAAAAGGGCAAUGCAAGAGCCAAAACUUAUGCAAUUAACGGGAUUGCAAGACUCCAAGCUCUUCAAUUUAGCAAAAAACUCUUGGAUGAGCCUACUAAACUGGUCCAAUUUUCACAUUUACAAAGUGCACCCUAUGGCGAAAUUGUUUGUCAAACACUGGCAGUGAAUUGUUGGGGUGGACAAGUGACUAAAAGACUUAGAGAAAUUGAGUUUGAUAAUAAGGUAACGGAUAUUUACAUUAGUCAUGUAUAUGAUAUUGACGGGGGUGUGUAUCUAAGAAAGUGGAUGCGACAUCCAUCAUGGACUUCUAGUGCUUCCAUUGCUUUUUGGAAGAAUAAUGUAACGAAGCAAGCCCUUGUUUUGAGUAAAAAUCUUGUUGUAGCUGAUAAGAACUUGGUGGAGAAGGCAUCAAUUACAUGUAGGGAUAAGUUCACUGAAGUUGAAAAGACACAAGCAACAAUUGAUGCUGCCAUGAUUGAAGGGAUUCCUAGUAAUAUUGACCUUUUCAAGGAGCUCGUGCUUCCUCUGACAGUCAUUGCUAAAAACUUUGGGAAACUUCGGCGUUGGGAAGAACCUCACUUGACCACAUCUUUCCUUGCAUUUGUAUAUGCACUCAUCUUCAGGAAUCUGUUGUCUUAUGUGUUCCCUGUGACAUUGUUGGUUUUGGCAACAAGCAUGUUAGUAUUGAAGGGGCUCAAGCAGCAAGGCCGUCUUGGAAGAACUUUUGGCAAGGUUACUAUACGUGAUCAACCACCGUCUAACACAAUUGAGAAGAUCAUAGCCGUAAAAGAAGCCAUGCGUGACGUGGAAAAAUAUAUGCAAAAUAUUAACGUUUCACUUCUCAAAUGCCGGACAAUUCUUCUUGCAGGCCAUCCUCAGAUAACAACAGAAGUUGCGAUGGUGCUUUUGUUUGGUUCCACUGUUCUCCUCACUGUACCUUUCAAAUACGUCCUUUCUUUCCUCAUACUUGAUCUCUUCACUCAAGAGCUUGAUUUCAGGAAAGAAAUGGUUGCGAAACUCAAAAGCUUCUUAAAAGCCCGUUGGGAUACUGUGCCUGCCUCCCCUGUUUCUGUACUACCAUUUGACUCUAAUAACAGUGACGCCAAGCGUGAAAAGAAGGAAACGAAAGACUUGCCUAAAUUAGAAAGAACUCAGAACAAGUAAUUAGCCCAAAAUACUUUAUUCUUGUUUAAACUUUUUCUAGAUAUAUUGUACAGAAAUAUAGUUCUCAGAUGCUACAUUAGGUAGAACCAUAUUGUAUAGCUGACUUCAUAGUUCAUAAGGUAAUUCUCAGUUGAAUGAUUAUUGGCAAAAGAAUCAUGAAAACUGCCCAUACAUAA